AUGAGUCGCGAGACAGGCCCGAUUGUCGAGAGGUUUCUCGGGACGCAGAACGAUUGCUCCUACAUCUCUGACCCUCGCCAGAACAAAGAACUCGGAGCGCUACUAAAAGGCAAGAAUGUGGUCAUCGCCGGUGCAGGACGGGGCAUUGGCCGGGCGACCGCAGAGUUCUUUGCGCAUACAGAGGCAGCAACAUUGAGUUUGAUGGCAUUGGAGCUUCCAGAAAUCAAUGAGACUGCCGAAAUAUGCAAGGCUAUCAAUCCGAAGCUCGCAGUCAAGACAGCAGCAUUCAAUGUUUUGGACUACCAAAGCGUGGACCGCUUCAUCCAGGAUGUUAUCCAAGAACUGGGCAAGAUUGACGUCCUCUUUGUGAAUGCUGGUCGAGCACCGCAGUGGCUUCCUACGCAAGAGUCGGAUCCUGCUGUUUGGUGGGACACUCUGGCAGUUUCGCUGCAAGGCGCUUUCCAUUUCACUCGGGCAGCUCUGCCUCACUUGAGACAACACGGCGGCGGAAGGAUCAUCUACACCUCCAGCGCCGCUGCACAAUCAGCAGAAGGAAUGGGAGGAUACGCCAUUGGCAAACUUGGACAGGUCAGGCUUGCCGAGAUUGUGCACAACGAGAACAAGGAUCGCGGCAUCAAGGCCUUCGCAUACCACCCAGGCGCCAUCCCAACGAGAUUCUUCCAUGAUUUCAAAGACGCAAGCGAGGGAAAGUUCAGAGAGAACAGCUACUUGUCCAUGGACCUACCAGGGGAGCAGAAGUCCGCCAUGGCGGCUGUCAAGGCCUUGGAAGGCGCAACCUUCUCAACUCCACAAAUGCCUGCCGGGCUGGUCACGGUCCUGGCAAGUGGACAGUUGGAUUUUAUGUCUGGUCGCUAUCUGGAUGCAUCAGUUCGGAUUGAGGAUUACAUGGAGGAUGAGCAGCGCAUCGUGGACCAUGACUUGCAUAGAGUCCGGCUAAUAGCCGAUAAGGAGAAGGGCCUUUUCAUUCCGGAGAAAGCACCCAGGCCUCAGACGGAGAAGAAAUAG